AGACAGCAGCAGCCGCGGCCGGUAGGCCUGCUGCUCCUGCAGCUCGGGGUGCCCAGCACAGCGGCAACCAUUUUGGGGAGGGUACUGGUGGGAGACUAGGCUGGGAGGAGCCCGAGCUCCUCUAGCUCUUGCAGUUGCAGGCUUGCAGCCGUACAAGCGCAGCAGGUACGUGUGCUUCAGAGCUGGGGGUCUCCUUCUCUUGGAGCUACGAGCUGCGAAUUCUCCGCUCGCCUCAUCCUGCUGCCUCUUCGUUUCCUCGCUAGCUGGGCAGCCCCAAAGCCAAAGCGGAAUUCAUGGGUUCGGGGCGGUGUGAGAGAUUAGCUUCCGCUCCCUACAGGAGCACUUGUGUGUGUCUCUGUUGCGACUCAGCUUCUUGCCUUCUUGCAUAGUUUCAUGACCGGACCAAAAUGGCUAGGUUAAAUUUGGAACAGGAAUGGUUUGGGGGGGAGGGAUAGAUCAGAUGUAGCGCAUAGAUGCUUCGAACACCUGCAGGAACUGUACGGCGGUGCGACUAUAAAAGGACCCUUGACGCUGCUAAUGCAAAGGUUGAAGGAAUCUAUCUGACAGAUCUGAGAGGUUUCCCCAUACUGCUAGUGAGACAACCACACAUGGUCGGGUAGAAAAAAGAUGAAAUACUAGUUAAUUACUCAUCACUAAGCAGGUGCUCCCGCUCUAUGCUCUUGUUUAUUCGUUGUUGCAGAGUAACAGAAAUGGAUGCAGAUGGUAGCUCCAAGAGAAGUCGCCCAGUUCGUCGCGCUGUGAAGAAACUCAAGUUCAAACCGAAAGUGCCACCGCAGAAGCCAAAGAAAUUGACCACUGAAAUGCCACAACAGGAAGAACCAAAACCAAUCGAUGAACGGUUGAUGAAGAUACUGAGGACUUGUCAGGUGCCUGCAAACAGUGCGCCAAAUACAAAAGACGAGCGCUUGACACAGAAACCCCCCUCAACACCACCUUCUGCAGAUGUUGUCAGCUUGUUUCCAGCUCAAUCAGGAGUGCACAAGCAAAAUCAAUCAAAGCCACUCCAAGUCCCCAGAUCCUUUCCUGUUACUGUUAAUUCAGGAAAGUUUGACAGCGAAGAGAGCGACGACGACGAUAAUGAAGAUGUUGAGUUUCAGGAUACUCAGCCAAGUUCAAUUGAAUGCGAAGCUUCAACACGUCCAGCAGAGGAGCUUCAUUUGCUUCAGCAAGAACAAGAUAGCAAAGAAAGAAUGUUCCUCUUCCAGCUCCCAAAAUCUCUUCCUUUGCCCAGAAGGUCCUCCAAUAUAGUUGAAAGGAAAGGAAGGGCCACUGGCGAGGAGGUGAAGGAAGGAUCCAACCUUCAGCAGCUGCCUCAGGGUUAUUUGGGCAAAAUGCUGGUAUACAAAAGUGGCAAGGUCAAAAUGAAGUUAGGAGAUGUCAUGUUUGAUGUGAAUCGAGGAGCAGAGAGUAGGAUGCCACAACAUAUAGUGGCUCUGAACACUCAAGAGAAACAUUGUUGCUUACUUGGGGAGAUUGAGAAGCGGCAUGUCAUUGUGACUCCGGAUGUUGAUUCUUUGUUGAAUGACAAGUAGAGAUUAGGUUGACAGGUUGUGAUAUGUAGCAACUUGGUUACAUAUGAGUUGUAGGAUUGUAGUUGAGCAGGGUUAGGUUAUGAUCUGUAGCAAUUGUAUCAACCUUGUCAAGUGGUGUGUAGGCUUUCAUCUGUGCAUGAUUGUGUGCAGUUUACUGUGAUUGUACUAGAUUAGUCCUAGAACCGCUUCUCGCAUUUGAACGUUUGUAUUGACUUUGUAGAAUAGGAAGAGAUAAAAAUCAGAUCAUCUUCUCUCA